AUGCUGCACGAUGCCCAACUUGGUGUAAAGAAGCUUGCUGGGAUGUUCUGGCCCUGGAGUGGAGCGGUCCAAAAUUCAAGGACAGAUAGGAGAAAAACCGUGCCAAUCGCUACAGCCUCAAAGAAAUUAGGAAGACAAGUAUGUGAGAUAGAGGCAUGGGUCCAUACUCAUAGAGGUUCAAAUCCUGAAGAUAUUACUUCACUCAACACAGAAGAGGCAACUGCAUGCUUGGAGAAAUACAAAGCUAAGGCCAUGGAACUAAAUGGACCAGAUUUUGAUUGGUUGCACUCGCCGGUUGAUGUUAGAGCUCUUUAUGAAUGCUCUUGUGGCCGCCCACAUGGAAAAUGGGCUACAUUUAAUGGGAUGGUCAAUGACAAAGAAGUCCUCCCUGACUUAAGGAGAAGUCGUGAAUCGGCAAUGGCUGCUAGGCGUCAACGCCAAGAGGAAGAUGAGCGAUUAAGAAGGGAAGCUCAUGAUGGUCGUGUGGCCAAGGAAUAUGCCCAAAAUGUGUCGGCGUGGAGUACAAUGCAUGAUGAGCUGUGA